AUGAAUGAAGUAGAAAUCUCAAGCAAAAAUGAUACAGAAAUUCUAAGAAUUAUAAACGAUUACAUUAAACAAGGUUAUCAAGUGUUUCUUCAGAAAAGAUGCACUGACAAAUUUCUUAUGUAAACAGAAUAUAUCACUCCCGGAGUAUUAGAUAUUGACAACUCUCAAGUAGUGAUUCAAAAUACUCUGGAAGAGGAGGAGUAACAAAAAGUGAGUGAGAUUAGUAAAAUUGAGAAUAAACAAUUUGAAUAAUCCAGAGAUUGCAGUAUUAAUGAUUAAUGCGAAAAGUUGGCGGAGACUAUUCAAAAAUAGCAUUGCUUAUUUUCUAGAGAUUCUCUAGUUUUCAUUCCCAGACAAACAAUUACUGAUUUCAAUAAAAUCUUAAGUCCCCAAGUCAAGGAAUAGAAUGACGAAACACUAAUGAACCUAUACCAAAUGUUGCAAAAAGGUAUAGCAAAUGAAUAGGAAGGAUAAGUCGAAUUGGCUAUUAAAUAAUUUACAGAACUCAUUUAGGAGAUAGAAUAAAUGGUUGAGGAUCUUCAAACUAGUAAUCUACUUAAUGUAAUUUACGUAGAAGCACUCCUAAUAUUAGGGUUGCUUUAAUCUAGAAUAAGUCAAUAUCAACAAGGAAAAAAGAACUUUGAAAAAUGCCUAAGAUUAUUCAUCAUUAAGGAUCAAAUCUUAUUAGCCAAAAUCUACUUGAGAGUGGGUCAGAAUUGCCAACAAUUGUUUAGUUAUCAAAAAGCUAUUGAUUAUUAUGUGUAGGCACUGGUAAUCUAUGAAAUCUAUCAAUUAAAAAUUGAAAUCUCCUUGACAAUAUCCUAUAUUGGGAUAGUUUAUGCUCAUCUGGGUAAUCAUGAUUUAGCUAUUAAAUUGGGAAUGAAGGCGAUUGAAGAAAUCAAAAAGAUUAUCAAAUAAGAUUCCUUCAUUAUGGGUCAAUUAUACCAUGCGGUUGGAGAAAUACACUAUUUCAAUCAUGACUUUGAAGAUGCCAUUGAGUAUUUCGAUGCUGCUUAUGACAUUAAGAUUCAAUAUCCAAAAGAAAGACUCUCCUAAAUCUUAACCAUUAAUUAUUUGGGCAGUAGUUGCUAUCAUUUGGGAGAGUAUAAAAAAGCAUAGGAGUUAUACGAAAUAUCGUUGAGUUAGAUUACAGAGAAAUCAACUUUGAUUGAAGCACAAAUUCUGAAUAAUCUAGCGAUGACCAAAAUUGCAUAGAAUAUAAAUGCCAAAAAUGAUUUAGAUAGGGCUAUCUCCAUUUACUUAAUUUAUUUCUCUGAAACUCACCCAUCUGUAAGAAGAGCUUUGAGAAAUCUUAAGCUUUAAAAAUGA